CAGCGAGGCUCUCUCGACCCGUGCAUUGAAGAAAAAAAGCCCGAGCGGCCAGUGGCCGCAGUCUCCGUCUCAUCUCUCUAACCCGCGCGCGCUUUUAUCCGUCCGUUCACCUUCUGCUGGAUACUGUGGUUUCUGCGGUCGUUGCGUCAACAUGCGGCCGACGAACGCCGAGUCGCACAACAAGUUGGUGCACGUGCUAGAUCGUAUUUACGAAACGCCCGAGCGAGUGUACUACCACAGGCCGGGGCACAGUCGGCACGAACAUCGCCCCAGAAAGCAACAGCAGCAGUCGGCCAGCAACGGUCAGCGUAGCGGCGGCGGCGGCGAGGCCGGAGGUGCGGCGGCCUCCUCCAAGGCUGCCACCGAGUCUGCGGCCAUGAAGGCGCUCUUCUACCUGCUGCUCUUCCUGGCCGAGGUGCUACUGUUCGGCACCAUCACGCUGCUCAUCUACUGGGUCUUCAACUACCAGGGCGGCGUCGCGUGGGCCAACGACAUCAAGAAGCAGUUCAACCUCCACUACAUCCUCAUGACCGGCGGAUUCAUCUUCCUCAACGGACAUGCAAUGCUGGUGUACCGCAGCUUCACAUGCUGCAAAAAGAUCUACAACAAGCUUCUGCACACCAUCUUCUUCGUUCUGUCCAUAUCGGCGAUCACCAUUGGCAUUGUGUCUGCCUUCAUGGCGCACAACAGCAAAGCUGACCCGAAGCACUUCUACAGUUUGCACUCGUGGAUUGGCCUCGGAACUAUGGGACUCUUUGCUUUGCAGUUCAUUGUAGGGUUCGUGUCAUUCCUGGUACUGCUGUGCUGUGACAAGGCCACCGUCACCUACCGGCAACGCCUGGUGCCGAUUCACACUAAUUUCGGCCUCAUCAUCUUCAGCAUGGCAGCAGCCACUUGUGUCACGGGGCUCAUGCAGACUGCCAAGAGCCGGUUCAAUGGCGCCAAUGGAGCACCAAACUACCCAGACCUUCCUGAAGAGGGGAUCUUUGUAAACACCAUUGCCAUUGCCAUCAUUGCACUGACUAUCCUUCUCCCACUGCUGGUCAGAAACAACCUCCGCGGUGGACAGGCAGUCUUCUCUGUCAACUAGUGUGGCUGAGUGUGUUCCCUGUUACACGGGAGCUCUGCGCUGCCACGAGGAAAGGCGUUUAGCGACACUGCUGGAAAAUGAUCUUUUCACGAGACUUCCGAAGGGUGCAACAGCUGCACGGACCAAGUUGGCUGUACAGCAAUGGCAGUCUGCCCGCGUCUUGAGCACACCGCAGAUGUGCGUUACCUGGCCACCCUCCCCAGGUACAGCACGACGUGUGGUGCAAGAAAGAUCAGUUUUUAGCGUUAUUGUCGCAGGUACGACAGAACAAUUUAGUUCAAUUUAUUUUUAUUUCUCCACGUGGGGGGUCAGGCGUGGGAAGAAACAGCUCUGCAGCUGUACCUUUUAUUGUGCAUGUUUUGUUUGGAACAGACUUCUGCGUCUUCUGUUUCAUAUUUUUCAAUGUGGUCGUGGUUUGUUCAGGCCAAUUUCUUUUUAAUUGUCCAACAUACUCUGAGCGAUUAGGGAGGGUGGGUACUUGUCACUCGAUGUUUUUUACACCUGUAAGUCAUGACUUUGAUACUAUGAAAUUAAGUUUUAGAGCAAGCUUGGUUUUUGUAUCUUGUGGCGAAAUGGGAGUCUUCAGCUUAAAUAGCGAAUGCGUGAAACUGCCACCAGAGAAAGCCUUUUCCUCACUGACAUGCAGAGUGCUAUAAUAAGCAGUGUUGUCGAAUUUUUUUUACUCAUUUCAUGUGUAAACAUGCCCUCAUAAUGCUCAUCUUCAGUUAAGGCCUAAUCAAGACCCAUGUUUUAGUGGUUUUGCAAUAGGAUGGGAAAGUGCAUUUUGUUCCUAAUUUGGAGUAAGGAAUAGCUUUUGCUGGAAGCACUAAAUUACAAGUGUAGUUGCGGCAUUGCUGCAAUUAGUAAGGCUUUUUAAAGGACACAGGUGAGGUACACCUCAAUGCAAGACCGUCCUUUGCAAAACUGUCCAGCAUAGGGGUCAUUUAUCAUCGUCAUAAUGUAGCAGUAUUUGGUUCUAUCGAUGUGAAACCAUUCAAACUGCAUUUGCCGAAACUUAUGUUUACCUGCUUAGGAAACUUUGCUUAUUGCAAGGUUGUUCUCCUAGGCACCUAUUUGAGCCAAGAGGAACUUGAAUAAACAGAUUUUUAAUAAAAUGGUUAUACUUUUAUUCAACAAAUUUUUAGCUCGCUGCCGGUGCACAACCAGCAAGGAGCAGUUUACCUAAAGAAAAUAAAAAAAACCCGAAAUAAUUUUGACAAGUGAACAAUGUGAAAGUUUUUUUAGCGCCUUUGCAAAAUGAUUGUAGCAUGCACUGCACACAAUACUUGGAUGCUGUUGUACUGACAGUCACGAGCAUGAGAAUAAUCGGAUGUGCUAUUUAUCGAUGACCAUUGUUUCCUAAAAUUGACAAGAGGGAACUCUGGCACUGCGAUCUUUCAGCCACCAUGGGAAUGGUUAGUAGAACACAAAUACGCAUAGUCUUCAUGCUUGCAGGCUUUGAGCGCACUUGUGUUUUCAUUUAUCGCUGUGUUUUGGUUUUGUUUUGAAUGAAAGAACGAACCGCUGGGAAGUUCACAAGCUGAUCAGAAUUUGUGAGCUUAGAGGCCAAGGUGGUUAAGCGUACCUGCUGAACUUUUGCCGAUCGUCGUCUCGUAACGAAGAAAACUCCAAGCCACAACAAUUCAAACGAAGCCGGAAGCACGGAGGUUGCACAAAUUUGUGUACUACCCAUCACUCCCAUGCUGGCUGAAAUGCCAUGCUUCGCAGCUCCCAUAGACACUAGCGUCGCAGUUCCCUCUAGUGUAUUUAUAGGAAACUAUGCCUGCUAAAACAGGCUUAACAAGUUUUUGUAAUGCAGUGGCUUAGCACAGCAGCUUUCUCUCCGGAGCUGUCAAGCGCAGUGUCACUGAGAAGCAAAGGGGAUUGCAAUCUAGAUUACAACGCGUGCAUUCUUGGUGACUGUGACUGUCUGUGCAGUUGUUUUAAGUUGCAUGAACUUUACGGUUCAUUUUUCUUUUCUGUACAUAAAUGUUGAAAGCCCUGUUUUCUGUAAGCUAAUGAAACAAGUGCAUAUAUCUUGUGUAUAUACCAAGCAAGACACGUGGUUGGCAUGCUCUUGUAACUUGAUGGUGACGUAUAAUAUAAUACUGAAAUUCUGC